GUAAAAAUGGUAAAAAAAUAGAUUACAGAUAAAUAAAAAUUAAUUUGAUUUUUUUAAUACGUAAGUAAUUAAGAAAAAUAAAAGAUAUUCAGAGAGAUGCAGAUAGAAAUAUUCUAUAAAUAAAUAACUUACAGAAUCAAAGCAAAGCAACAAUUCAAAACAAAUCCAUCACUUCCGUUUCCGUUGGUAUAUCCGCCGUCGCAAAAACCAUCAGAAUGAGUAACAAAUCCACCGGAACAGUGGUGGUUACCACCGCCACUACUACUCAACAACCACAACAACAAGUAGUUGAAACCGCCAAGAAUCCAUUCAUCCCUUUCUUCCCCAAUUUCAAUUUCAACUUCAAACUCCCUCCUUUUUUCUUCCCACCAAAACGCCACCAUCAUCAUCAUCAGGGUGAGGAAAAAGGAAAGGCUCCGAGUGUUGCAACCUUUCCGAAAACCGAACAAUCUGCCGUCGUUGUUCCCGCGCCUCUUCAGGCUCAACCUGAUUCUCAGGUCCUUUCUGCCAAGACUUCCGAUCCCUUUAAGCUUUACCAGAUUUAUGCAGUAGGAGCAUUCCUUGUUUCGAGUUGGAUUUGGGCAAGGUGGAAUGAGAGGAAGGCUCGAGGGCGGUCUCCGAAUGACGAAGAUGCCAAUGGUACUGGAUCACGGGAGAAUGAAUAGAUAUUUGUAUUACUAGUUGUAUACAAUGAUGAAUGAUGCUACUUCAAUAUUUUCACACUGUUUCAAACAAAAUUUGUUUCAUUUUCAUAACAGAUGGAGCUGCUCGUUGUUACAGGUCAAUAAUAGUUAGAUAUUAACCCCUCAAAACUAUCUUUCUAUGCAUUUCUAGAACCACAGGAGGUUGUAAUUCUUGAAUCAACAUAAUGAAAGUUACAAUAAACUCUUUUAAAUCAA